CAUUGAUUGUGUUAAAAAUGCAACAAAACUGUUCGCAGAAUGGAUGGCUGACCCUGAGAACAAUCCGAUUGAAACCAGUGUACGGCCUGCAAUAUAUUGUAUUGCUAUAAAGUUUGGAUCUGAUAAAGAAUGGCAGUUUGCUCAUAAUCAAAGUCUGACGAAUCCGGAGGAACGUGAAAGUUUACGAUCUGCUAUGGGUUGUUCAAGAAAUGAAAUACUAGGAAGGUAUAUUGAAGAAUUUACCAAUGAUCCUAGCCAAGCACAUACUGUGAUAGAAGACGUGAGAUCGAAAUCAGCAAUGGGAUACUCUGUUGCAUGGCACUAUGUCAUGAAUAACUUUGACGCUUUGAAUUCAACUCUUGGCGAGUCAGCGUAUAAUGUUGUUUGGACAUUUUCUCCCUGGAUGAACACAGACUAUGAUUUACAGCAGUUGCUAGGAUUCGCAGCACGAUAUCCUGACAUGCCGAGUUAUGCUGCUCAAGGUUUCUAUGAAGCCAAACUCAAAGUUGAGACCAACAUAGCGUGGAUGAAGAGGAAUAGACAGGGAAUUACAAAUUGGCUAAAUAAUGUAGUUAUUAAUAAUAUUUGAACUCACAAUUAACAAUUCACAGUUCUUGGACAUAUCAGGUACAUCAGUGUAAUGUUUCAUGGUCAUUUCAAUUAUUAUGCUAAUUACAUGUGUGUUUUAAUUAUUAUGCUAAUUACUUUUCGUUUUAGUAUAGUGUCACAAUCGCCGAUAUAAAUAUUUUACACACGUUAUGCACGUUGCAUGGGACUCACGUCGAGCACAACGCGUCUCGACGACUGCUGUGCUUUAUUAGAGAAAUAUUUCAAUAUUUCCAUGGUACAAUUACGAAGUUAAUUUUAAGCCAUCCGCCAACGAAAUUCAACCAUACUCGGCGUUUUCCCCCGUGCAAAAAUCUAUUGCACACGAGCACCUCAAUUCAGAGUCAAUUACUCAACCAAUUAGAGAUCGUUUUACUUCUAGAAUACAUCGGCAUCAUACAGCGUGAGGCCUUGUCGUG